AAACCCUUUUAACAGGGUAAAAAGAAGGUAGAAACCUCAGAGAGAGCCACAUGUGAGGGAUCCCUCUCCCAGGACGGACACAAGUGCAAUAGAUGCCACGUGUAAAGGAGAACAUGUUCGACUUAGACAGCGGCUGGAACCUGUCUUUUGCGGGCUGCGGCUUCCUGGGGAUUUACCACAUCGGAGUCGCCAGCUGCUUGCUGGAGAGAGCGCCCUACCUCAUCGAAGGGGCGACCCGGCUGUACGGAGCCUCUGCCGGUGCGCUCACCGCCUCGGUGCUCGCCAGCCAGGCGUCCAUAACUAAAUGCUGUCAGGAUGUGAUUGAAGUAGCGAAGGAGGCCAGGAAGAGGAACCUGGGUCCCCUCCACCCAACCUUCAACCUGGUCAAGGUGAUAAAGUCAGGCCUGACUCGGGACCUACCCGCUGACGCUCAUGUCCGGGCCUCGGGGCGGCUGUGUGUUUCGCUGACCAGAGUGUCUGACGGAGAAAACGUGGUGAUAUCAGAGUUUAGCUCCAAAGAGGAACUCAUUCAGGCACUGAUUUGUAGCUGUUUCAUCCCCAUCUACUGUGGGCUGAUUCCUCCGUCUUACAGAGGAGUGCGGUAUGUGGAUGGUGGGAUCAGCGACAACCUGCCACAGUCGGAGCUGAAAAACACCAUCACCAUCUCUCCAUUUUCUGGCGAGUGCGAUAUCUGUCCCAAAGACGGCUCCACCAGCUUCCACGAGCUUCGCUUCACCAACACCAGCAUCCAAAUGAAUUUGGGCAACAUGUACCGUCUCAGCAGAGCUCUGUUUCCACCAGAACCCAAGGUGUUGGCUGAGAUGUGUCAAAGUGGUUAUAAGGAUGCUCUACGCUUCCUUGAAGAGAACAACCUGCUGAUGUUAGAGCGUCCGACCCUUGGACUCACCCCGCCAGAGAGCACCUCCGACUGCUGCUGCAAGCACACUGAAACAACCAAAGAGCGGGUGCUGCGGAGGCUCCACCUCCGGCGUAAACAGCACUGGUGGUUGGAUGAGGAGAUCAUUCUGCCUACACACAUUAAGAAAGUGUUCUGCGAGGCCUGCCAAGAGAAGCCUGGUCUGUUUGCCAAGGUGUCGGAGAUGCUGCCAGUGAGAGUGGCCUCCUACAUGCUAAUGCCAUGCACACUUCCUGUACAGUCAGCCUACUCAGUGGCACAGAGGCUUGUGGAGUGGAUCCCAGAGGUGCCGGCUGAUGUGGGCUGGCUGUUUGGCGUGGCUGCUGAUGUGUACCGGCAGGCCCGGAAAGGAGGACCAGCCCACUCCAUCAGUGAGCCGUGUCUGAGGAAAUGCUCGAGUGUGCCACCUCUACCUGCAGAGCACGACAAACCUAUGCAAAGAGACAAGCUGCCGGCUCUUUCCUCAUUAGACCUCCAUGGCAACUACUGGGAAAUCCACGAAUCUACAUCCUCAUCCUCAUCCUCAUCCUCAUCCUCAUCCUCAUCCUCCAACAACCACCAUCAUCCUCACAUCACCCCCACCUCUCCGAAACAAGUGUGCUUCUUCGUCAGCUCACAGGAUGAAUCCAACAACCACGCACAGCAGUAAAAGACUCUUUUUAUAGUUAUGUGAUUGGAUUUCCAUUCUGUGAGGAGCUGGAGGACUAAUGAUCAAUAUUGUGUGAAUGUUUUGAAGGAGACACACAUUUGUCACAUUGUCUCUGAACACUCCCAGAAGUACAAAGUGUAUUAUAUUUUAGUGAGCCCUGUGGAAGACAACAUUACAAUUCCCUCUGGAUAAUGGUUGUGUUUACCAGUUGUGUUGGUGGGCCUGACUUAUAACACUGAAAAUACGAUUUGCUUUCAUCUACUCCACCCCCCCAUGUGAAGAUGGUGCAGUAGAAACUCUUUGACAGUCAGAUGAUCAGAACAGAGCAGGUCCUGAACACUGACUGGUUAAACAUUCUGAGUUUCUUUGUUGUUUUAUUUAAAAGUAAAAUAAAAUGAAAGAUAACUGUCACAGUCUAAUUUUGAAGAGUUUUUAACUGAUAACUGAUCUUUUGUGCUUUGCAGUCACAUUGAGCCGAAUUUGGAAAGUGUUGCCCCCCUGUCCAUAACACAUAUCAUGGCUUGUCAAAGUCUUUUUGUUUAAAAUGUAAAAUCAUUUUUGAAUCAUGUUCAUUUUUACAGUAGUGGGAUAUUUCCAGGUGCCAUGUGAUGGCUUUUAGUGGCGAUGACGCUGCUUCUGGCAGCCACACAGGAGGUCUGCAGGCCACAUUUCUAAACAUCAGUAUUCCCUCCCAGUUUUGAACAAAUUCUGUCUAUAUAAUUAUACAUUUUCCUAUCAAUCUGACCAGCUUAAUUUUUAGACAGUAUUCACUUGUUCGCUUGCUGAGCAUGUUUAGAUUCUGGUCAGCUAACCAGUACUUUACAUUACAGGUACCUUCAUGGUCAGUUUUACCUCCAGUAAAGUGACUUGGAAAUUGUUGGCUUAUUUAACCUGACCUAUCAGACUAAUGUUACAGGGUCUCACAUUUCACUCUGACUGUAGCCACAUCCAUUGGCUGCAACCAUGUGCGAAUGGGCCAUCAGAACUGGUGGAAGGAUGAAUUCAGCCAAAUAGAGAGAGGUCCUUCAAGAAAAGCUGCUCAAGAGUCCACACAAACUGAAAAGGAUUUUAACCAAAGCAAAUCAAUUUGUAAUAUGAGUCAAUAAAAGUGGCCAUAAAAAAAUAAAUUGUACACAACCAGUGAGUCUUUUACAAUAAACCAUAUCCUCAUAAUGUUUACUUCGGUAAGGACUGUUGGAGAGGUGGGGAUUUUAUUUUGUUAAUGUUUAUGGUUGUUUUUUUUUUAUAUUGUGUUACACAGUAUGUAUAAAUUGUAUACAGUUUCAAUAUAUUUGUUCAUUUCAAUCUAGAAAAUAUUUGGAAAAUGUUUGCAUACAGUGCAGGAGGAAGUCCUAUGUCUGAAUUAAAAUAUGAACAUUAUAGCAACUUAGCUUACUAAGCUACGGACUUUCAGUGGAACUAAAUCUGUAAUGUGGCAACAUCCCAUUGUGGGGAUGCUAAUAGGUAAUGUGCAAAAUCACAAAUUAUUUCAAUGGCUUUACACUCUGUAAAACACACAACAGCCUCUAUGCUUGAAGAGAAUGUAAAAUGUCACUAUAGUUUGCUCCCACAGCAACAAAAAUGUUCUUCUGCCCCCCGUCUCACUGUCUCACUGUCUCACUGUCUCACUGCUGCUGUUGUAGACAAAAUGAAAAACUAAAAAGUUUUCAGAAUUACAGCAAAAUCAACAGUUACCUGUACUGCUACAAAGCGAGGUUACAAAAAUAAACAGAAAAUGACAAAAUAAAGUGCAAAGUAAACUAA